AUGUUUGCUCAAAGAUUUGACCCUAAUAAUAUAAUACCAGUUGAAAAAAAUGAUACGUCAACUUCUGAAAAAUUAUCUGUUGUCAAACCAAAAUCCAUAUUACCUUUGAAAAGAACAAGAUAUGAUAGAGUUUCAUCAAAUGACCAUAAAAGUGAGGAAGAGUCUGAAGAAGAAGAAGAUGAUGAUGAUGAUAUAGAUAUAGAUAUAGAUAUCAGUAGUAAAAAGAGUGAUAAGGAUGAAAAUUUCGGGAAUGAGGAAGAUUUGGAUCAUGAAGUAGAGAUAGCUGUUGACAAUAACACAAUUAUAAAUAAUCCGAAAAAAUUUGAUUCUGUGUUUAGUAGAUUUCAACAAACUAUUUCCUUACAAGAUAAGUUGAUAUCGCAACAACAAGAGCAGCAAAGCAUAGAAGAUAAUAACAUUUUAAAUGUUGAUGAUCAGAAAACUAGUCAUGAUUUAACUCAAAUUCCUCAACCUGAAAGAAUAUACCCUACCUUAUCAAAAGGCACAGACAAAAAUUCUGCUGAAAGCUUAGCAAUUGGUAAGAUUGAUACUGCAUUUAUGUUAACCAAAAGAAUAUAUUAUGAUAAAGAAAUGAUUAAGCCAUUUGAUUACUUUAAAUCAGAUUUGGAUCCUCGUCUUUUAGACAAUAUUAUUAAAAACUUCUCCAAUACAACUUUCCCUAUCCAAACUUCUAUGUGGACAAACAUUUUACCACAGAUUAAUUCACUAUUGAAAGUAUCUAAGAAAAAUUUUACGAGACGUAUAGGUGAUCAAUUGAUUAAUGCAUCUACUGGGUCAGGUAAAACACUAGCAUAUUCUGUACCAUUGAUACAGAGUUUAAUUAACAGAAAAUGUAACAAAUUGCGUGCUAUUGUUUUGGUGCCUACAAGAUUAUUAAUCAACCAGGUUGGUGAUACUUUAUUAAAAUUAUCAAACAGAACUAAUUUACUCAUUAUGAUGACUAAUUUAGACAAAUCAUUAAGAGAAGAGCACGAAAGAUUAUUAAAAAUGGAACCAGAUAUCUUGAUUGUUACUCCAGGUAGACUUGUGGAUCAUUUGAAUUUAAAAUCAAUUAAUCUUUCAAAUUUGAAGUUCCUAAUCCUUGAUGAAGCUGAUAGAUUAUUAAAUCAAUCUUUUCAGAAUUGGUGUUCGGAACUAUUAAAUCAUUUAUCAGUAGAUAAAUCAAAGAUAGAUCCAUUACCUGGCAAUGUUAUUAAAAUGGUUUUCUCAGCUACUUUGACAACAAAUACUGGUAAAUUACAUGAUCUAGACCUUUAUAAUCCAAAGCUUUAUAUGAUGAAUUCAGUUAAAUUAUACAAUUUACCAGUUAAUCUAAAAGAAUAUAAUAUUAAGAUUGGUACUGCAAAAUCUAUCUAUAAACCUUUGUUAUUAUUCAAGUUAAUCAAUUCAACUAUAGUAAAAAAGAACACAGAUGAAUCUCUCUCAUCAACCAAAAAAAUUUUAAUAUUUAUUAAAUCGAAUGAAGCUGCAAUUAGAUUGAAAUCGCUAUUAUCUAUCAUUAUCGAAUCCUUUUCCAAUAGUAUAACGGACUUUAGUAUUGAUUCUAUUAAUUCAAACAAUACAAAAUUGAUUAAUAAAAGAAUUCUACAAAAAUUUACUAGUAUCAAUAGAAAUAAUAGUGUUAACAAUCCAGAUACUCAAAAAAAUGUUACACAGAUUCUAAUCACUACAGAUUUGAUGUCAAGAGGUAUUGACAUUAAUAACAUUACAGACGUCAUUAACUAUGAUUUGCCAAUAUCAUCACAACAAUAUGUUCAUCGUUGUGGUAGAACUGCAAGAGCAAAUAAUAUGGGGGAUGUUUAUAAUAUUUUGGUUGGUAAAGGUGAGCAAAGUUUCUGGUAUAAUAGUAUUGAUAUUGAUAUUUCAAGAACUGUUGGAAAUGAAGUUGAUGACUCAAAAUCUGUGGAGAUAUUGAAAGAAAUUGAUGCGGAAGCUGAAUCUAAGUAUAUGGAAUGUUUGAACACCUUCAAACAACAACGAUAA